UGGACAACAAUACCACAAGUAGAGCUGGUUAAGAAGAUGUUAAUGUUUGACCCCAUCCCAAUCAAGCAAGAAGCCAUGGAGCCAAUUCCAGUGUCAUUCAGCUCUGCUUGGGACCACAUGAAGUCCAACAAAUAUGGUGUCAUCUAUUCUACACCAAAUAUGAUGGCCAAUAAAUUCUACCCGAUUCCAGAUGGAUUGUGUAACGGAGUCCAAGUGGAACCCGUUGAUCUCACAGUAAACAAGCGGAGCUCACCAUCUUCGACUGGAAGUUCUCCUUCCCCCCUGAAAUACCAGCCUGUACAUAGGAGAGCCUCACCUGGAUUGAAUCUGCCCUCACCCAGCCCACCUAUGAAAAAACUGACACCUCCCGGAAUACAGCCUUUUACUGUACCCAUAACUAUCCCUCCGGUAAUGGCAGCUCUUUCACGCCAUGGACUUCAGCGCUCUGGGAUACUUCCAGUUAUACAGCCGGUUGUCAUGCAGCCCGUACUUCAGCCGUUCAUGUAUCCUUCUCAGCUCCAACAGUCUAUUAUGGUAUCUACAGUUUUUUCGGAUGAGCUGGAAAAUCCAAGUAGUGUGCCAGUGCCUGUUAUUGAAUCUUAUGAGAAGCCAGCAUUAAAGAAACUAAUAAAAGUAGAACCAGGGAUGGAAUCCCCCAGGAAUGACUAUUAUCCUGAACAAAUGUCCCCUCCGUUGAUGACUUCGUUGUCACCCCCUCAGGCAAUGCUUCAGGAGAAUCACCCUUCUGUCAUAGUCCAGCAUGGAAAGAGACCUUUACCUGUGGAAUCGCCAGACACACAAAGGAAGCGCAGAAUACACCGAUGCGAUUAUGAAGGCUGCAACAAAGUUUACACUAAAAGCUCUCAUCUCAAAGCUCACAGAAGAACACAUACAGGUGAAAAGCCUUACAAAUGCACUUGGGAAGGUUGCACAUGGAAGUUUGCUCGCUCUGAUGAACUAACGCGGCACUUCCGGAAACAUACCGGCAUCAAACCCUUCCAGUGUCCGGACUGUGACCGUAGCUUCUCUCGCUCUGACCAUCUUGCCCUUCAUAGGAAACGCCACAUGCUAGUCUGAAUCUCUCAUCCUUCAGCAGUCUUCAUGCUUCCUUUUCACUUUAAACCUGUGCGUUGUAAUUUUAGAUUCAGCGGGCCUGAAUCUCUGGAUUUAUAGCAUCAAAAUCUUGCCUAUGGUCAGUAAGCGAUGUUUGCUUAAUCCUUUGCCCUUGCCAUGGGUCAGACCUAACGAAUGUGAACACUUUUCCCCCAGGGAUGCUAAGCAAACCCUGCCUGCCAGCGAGUAGAUUUAAAUUUCUGGAAGACUAAGGGAUCUUGUAAUCAAGCUGGUUGGUUUUGCCAUUUAAUCAGCCAGGAUAUAUUGAUCAAAUAGUCACUGUUGUUGGAAUUCCAGCCUGCUAGUCCUUGCCAGAGACUCUGCGUCCCUGUAAAGGAUGCAUGUCUCCUUUAUAUGCUCAGCAAUGCAAUGAAUGGACCCUUUCCAACUUGACUGGUUACAGAAGCAAGUUCCACAAGACACUUUUUGGAUGUUUUUUGGGGGGGCGGGGAAUCCUCAGUCUGAAAGUGAACAAAAAGUUCUUGACCGAUGAGU